AUGGCAAAGAGGCGUAGCACUUCUUUUUUCACGAUUACUUGUGAUUAUGUGACUGUAAACGCUAACAGAACAAUAUCUAUCGAUAGAAUGGCGUUGAAGCAAACAGCAGUGCUCUACCAUUAUCCAUGUCCUGAUGGUGCAUUUGCUGCUUUGGCAGCUCAUAUUUACUUCACUGCUUCCUCUGUUCCAGCUCUCUUCUUUCCCAACACUGUUUAUUCCCCACUCAAAGUCGAAGACCUUCCUCUUGAUCAAAUCGGUGAUGCUUAUCUCCUUGAUUUUGUUGGACCCCCGGGUUUUGUUCAGCAACUCUCUCCCAAAGUUGACCGUGUGAUAAUAUUAGAUCAUCAUAAAACAGCACUCAAGAUGCUUGAUGAAGGUGAAUUUUCCUAUAAGAAUGUGACAAAAGUGAUAGAUAUGGGAAGGAGUGGGGCCACCAUUGCCUAUGAUUAUUUCAAGGAAAAAACCCUAGCUCUUAAAAAUGGAAACAAUUUGAGUAAUCUUGAAUUGGGUAUCCAUAAAUUUGAAAGCUCUCGAAGGAUAUUUGAAUAUAUUGAAGAUGCAGAUCUAUGGAGGUGGCAUCUUGACAACAGCAAAGCUUUCAGUAGUGGUCUUAAAGAUAUGAACUUUGAAUUCAACAUAACAUUGAACCCCUUGUUAUUUCAGCAGUUGCUAUCUUUGGAUCUGGAAUAUGUUAUAAAUCAAGGCAAGCAGAGUUUAUCACAGAAGCAAACUUUAAUAAAUGAGGUUCUUGAGCAAUCAUAUGAGAUUGUUCUUGAUGAUGGAGCAUCUGGACAUUGUCUGGCUGUUAAUGCUGAUUCCGUUUCCGAUCUAAGAAGUGAACUUGGCCACCAAUUAGCUGAAAAAAGCCGGAAUCAGAACUUAAGGGGAAUAGGUGCAGUGGUCUACAGAGUACCGGAUCUCAAAGAUGAUGAAAUUUUAAAAAUAAGCCUAAGAAGUAUAGAAGAUGAAGAUACAACAGUUAUAUCACAGAAACAUGGAGGUGGUGGCCAUAGAAAUGCAAGUUCAUUCAUGCUAAAAUGUGGGGAAUUUGAGCAAUGGAAGGUAGGAUCUAAUGACUCUCGGAAACAAGAACGCAAAGCAGAUAAAAGAACUCAUGCAAAACAUCUAGUGAGAUCUGGAACCGGAGGCAGUGACGACAUCAAGAUCUAA